GGGACCAUAAAAAUCCCGAACAGCAGAACCGAAAUCGAAGAAAAACAGGGAAGAGACGAGUAUGACCACAACCAUAGUUACAGAAGAUGAAGAAAGAGCAUCUCUCCUCCGAGAUUCUGCCAAUUACCCUAGUGGGAAGCUAUCGAAAGUGGCAAGAACCUUCACGCCUUCACCAAUUCAAGAGCUCUCACUCCUCGCUCAGAGAAGCAACGCUAUCAACCUAGCCGAAGGCUUUCCAGACUUCCCUGCUCCUCCCCACAUAAAAAACGCCGCGGUUUCGGCCAUCAAUUUCGACUUCAACCAGUACAGGCAUGUGCAAGGGAUCUGUGACCUCCUGUCUAGAAAAAUGAAGGAUAAGCAUGGUUUGAAUGUGGACCCUUCAACCGAUAUUGCUAUCUGUUGUGGGCAAACUGAGGCAUUUGCAGCAGCGGUGUUUUCGAUAAUAGAUAGGGGGGACGAGGUUGUGCUGUUUGACCCUUGUUAUGAAACAUAUGAAGGAUGCAUAACCAUGGCUGGAGGAGUUCCUGUAUAUGUGGCACUUGACCCACCUCACUGGACCUUGGAUCCAGACAGAUUCAUGAAGGCUUUUACUAGCAGAACAAAAGCUGUAGUAUUAAACAGCCCUCACAAUCCGACUGGCAAAGUUUUUACUAGAGAUGAGCUCGAAAUAAUUGCUGGAGCUUGCUGCACAUGGGAUUGCCUAGCCAUAACAGAUGAAGUAUAUGAGCACAUAGCAUUUGACGAUGAAAAACAUAUAUCCCUGGCCUCGCUUCCAAACAUGCAGGAGAAGACUAUCAUCACAUCUUCUAUAUCCAAAACAUUUAGUGUUACAGGUUGGAGGAUUGGAUGGGCAAUUGCUCCAGCUCUAAUUGCUUCUGCAAUCAGAAAUAUUCAUGUAAAAGUUACGGAUUCUGCUCCUGCACCUUUCCAGGAAGCUGCCUUGACAGCUUUGUCGAGCCCCCCAGAGUUUUAUCAAUCAUUGAAAAUAGAGUACGAAUCAAAAAGAAAUUACAUUGUGGAGUUGCUUGCCGAGAUUGGCUUUCAGAUUGAGUUUAAGCCUAAGGGCUCAUUCUUUUUAUUUGCUAAACUUCCUGAUCAAUGUGCACUUUCUGAUGUAGAAUAUGUUAGAGAAUUAAUAAAUCAAGCUGGGGUGGUUGCUGUACCAGGAUGUGGAUUUUUUCAUACAAAAGUGUCUUAUGAGAAACCUUCCCUGGAAGAUCGUAGCUAUAAGGGGAGAUACAUCAGGUUCGCUUUUUGUAAAAGCAUUGAGACAUUGACUGCUGCUGCUGAAAAACUUCGUAGGCUUUAUCGUACUAAGUGGUAUCUCGGUUUACAAUAGUUGAUAUGAAGUUUUGCUGGGGGAAACCAAGAUAGAAAUUUAUGUUAUUAUAUUUAAACUCAUUUAUGCA